CGGCGGAGGGGGCGUGGCCAGCGCGGCGGCCGCGGGUCCGGUUCGGGGGUCCCGGGGGUCGCGGGGGUCCCGGGCGGCUCUGACCGUGCCCGCCGCAGCUCCCGCCAUGCCGCCCACCGUGGCCGUGGUGGGCGGCGGCAUCAGCGGCCUGGCCGCCUGUUUCCACCUGCUGCGCGCCCCCCGCCCGCCCAAGGUGGUGCUGCUGGAGGCCAGCGGCCGUUUCGGGGGGUGGCUGCAGAGCACGCGGACCCCCGAGGGCGCCGUGUUCGAGCACGGCCCGAGGGGCGUCCGGCCCGCCGGGCCCGCGGGGACCCAGACCCUGCUCAUGGUGUCGGAGCUGGGGUUGGCCGGUGACGUCCUGGCUGUCCCCAAGGGCCACCCGGCGUCCCAAAAUCGCUUCCUGUACCUGGGGGGGGCCCUGCACCCUCUGCCCUCGGGGCUGCGGCCGCUGUUCCGGGCGGUGCCGCCGUUCUCGCGGCCGCUGCUCGGGGCGGUGCUCCGGGACCUGCUGACCCCCGCGGGCACCGGCCCCGACGAGAGCGCCCACGCCUUCGCCCGCCGCCGCUUCGGCCCCGAGGUGGCAGAGCUGGCCGUGGACAGCCUGUGCCGGGGGGUGUUUGCCGGGGACAGUCGGGCCCUGAGCGUGCGCAGCUGCUUCCCCGCGCUCUUCCAGGCCGAGCGACAGCGCAGCUCCGUCCUGCUGGGGCUGGCACUGCCACCGCCACACGGUGUCCCCGCAGGUGUCCCCACAGGUGAGGACCAGGCGGGGCUGGCACGGCGGGCGCGGGCCGAGCGCUGGAGCCAGUGGUCCCUGCGGGGGGGGAUGGAGUCCCUGCCACGCGCCUUGGUGGCCUUCGUGUCCCCGCGCUGCGAGCUGCGCUGCCACGCGCCCCUGGCGCACCUGUGCCACCGCCGCGGCCGCUGGCAGGUACGGCCGCGCCUGGGGCGGGGCGGGUCCCGCCGUGUCCCCGCCGUGUCGCUGAUGUCCCCGCUGUCCCCGCUGUCCCCAGCCCUGGCCCGGGCGCUGCCGGCCGAGGCGGAGCCGCUGGCGCGGGAGCUCCGGGCGAUCCCGGCCGCCUCCGUGGCCGUGGUCAACCUGCAGUACGAGGGGGUCGCGCUGCCGGUGACGGGUUUUGGCCACCUGGUGCCAUCCUCGGAGGACCCGGCGCUCCUGGGCAUCGUCUACGACUCGGUGGCGUUCCCGGAGCACGACGGGACCCCCGCGACCCCCGGGAGGCCCCCGCUGCGGCUGACGGUGAUGCUGGGCGGGGCCUGGUUCCAGCAGAGUUUUGGGGACCCCGCCACGGUGGCCCCCGAGCUGCUGCUGCGCCGGGCACGGGCGGCCGUGAGCGACCACCUGGGGCUGGCCGGGACCCCCACCCACGCCAUCGUCAGGGUGCAGCAGGACUGCAUCCCCCAGUAUACGCUGGGACACUGGGAGCGCCUCGAGCGGAUCCAGCGCUUCCUGAAGGAGCAGCAGCUGCCCCUGAGCCUGAUCGGCGCCUCCUACUCCGGGGUCUCCGUCAACGACUGCAUCGCCAGCGCCGAGGCGGCCGUGGGGCGGAUUUUGGGGUCCCCCCCCUGAGCCCAGAGGUGCCCCCCCACUUCAUGCAGCCCCAGGGUCCCCUCAGCCGCCAGCGUAGGACAAAAUGAUUUUUUUUUUAAUUGAAAAAAACCCUUUAGAAAGGUC